CUAUCCAUGAAGGAGGUCGGAGACGGGCUGCACGAGCAGAUGAACUGCAUGAUGGGUGCACUGCAGGAGCUGAAACUCCUCCAGGUCCAGACAGCUUUGGAGCAGUUGGACAUCUCAGGGAGCCGAAGCACCGUUUCUGGCACUGAGCAGCGCCAGUGCCGCCGAAGCAGCAGAGAUGUGCCCAGGGCCCGGCAGGAAGGGGAGGCAUCGGUGGAGGAGCACGGCCCCAUGCCCCGCGCGUGUGCCGUGCCACGGCUGGUGGGUUUGUCCCGUCCCACUGCAAUCCCAGAAGGUGGCCACCUUAGAGACACCCCCUCCUCCUUCAGGAGCCUCUGUGGUGAGGAUGUUUGUCACCCAAAAGGGCCUUCCUCCACGUCAAUCAGAGCAGAGCAUGUCCGCCCAAGGACAUUUGAGCCCAGUAGCCAGGGCAUGGCUCAGGGGUGGCCAGCAUGCCGGGAGUGCCCAGGGUGUGACGAUGGCCAUGACUGGACAUCCUCCCUAAUGUCCCAGAGCAGGAAUCGGCAGCCACUGGUCUUGGGGGAUAACAUCUUUGCAGACUUGGUUGGGAACUGGUUGGAUCUGCCAGAGCUAGAUAAGAAGGGGGAGAAGAGCGAGGCGUCCCUGUCCAUCAGCAGAUCCCAGGAGCUCUGCAGGAAGUUCUCCCUCACAGCAAACAUCUUCAAGAAGUUCCUGAGGAGCGUUCGGCCAGACCGAGACAGGCUUCUCAAGGAGAAACCUUGCUGGCUUCCACCUGAAGACAAACAGCCUGAAAUUUCUAAGAGAUCCAAAAAGAUGAACAAACUAAAGGGGACAUUUUACUUCCCACUUCAUGGGAACAUCCAGAACCAUCACAGCAAAGCAGAGAAGUGCCCAAAGGCGGAAGGCAAUAGCGAGAAACCCAAAAUUGGCACCAAGAAAGUCCACGAUACCAUAGACUACACCCAGUCCGGGUUUGACAUCAAUACGGCUGUUUGGGUCUGA